CUCUGUCUCUGCAGACCUGCCUCCUCCUCCUCCUCCUCCUCCUCCUCCUCCGGUAAAGUUAACGGACUCCGGUGAAAGCAGGAUUUCUGACCGGUUGUUGAAUCAACGACGACCUGAUUACCGGCGGACACCGACCGGACCGGCGACACAGAGAGGCACCAUGUCCACCCCCACACACCCAGAGGUAAAGGAGCUGAACCCUGUCGACUUCAUCCAGCUACAGCACUACAUCGAAUACUGCAGUGUGAAGGUGAAGGACGUCCUGAGGGAGUUUGAUUCAGAUGGCGAUCUGGCCCGGCACAGACAUGGAGAGUGCAUCAAUGAAGAAGGCUUCCGUCUCUUCCUGAAGACGUAUCUAGGGGUGGAGGACUUCCCCGUGGAUCUCUGCCAGAGACUCUUCCGCUCCUUCCAGAACUCUGAACCCGUCCAGGAAGACAAGGAGGUCUUUCUGAAGGAUGUCUCGUGUUACUUCUCUCUGCUGGAGGACGGACAGCCCAGGGACAAGCUGGAGUUUGCUUUCAAGCUCUAUGACAGGGACGGCAACGGAGUCCUCGACAGCUCUGAAGUGGAUCGGAUCAUCGCUCAGAUGAUGCACGCUGCAGAGUACCUGGGAUGGGACGUGUCAGAGCUGAGGCCGGUUCUGAAGGACAUGAUGACGGCCAUCGAUGCUGACAGCAGCGGUACGGUGUCUCUGGAGGAGUGGGUGGAGGGAGGCAUGAACAACGUUCCCCUGCUGGUGUUGUUGGGUCUGAAGAUGACCCAGAAGGACGGGCAGCACCUCUGGAGGAUGAAACACUUCAACAGGCCCGCUUACUGCAACGUGUGCCAGAGCAUGCUGCUGGGUCUGAGGAAACAGGGACUGUGCUGCACCUGCUGUAAGUACACCGUCCACGGCCGCUGUGCUAACAGGAACCCGGCGCCCUGCACCAGGACGUAUGUGAAGUCCAAGAAAGAAACGGGGCUUUCAGCGCACGACUGGGUGAGCGGGAACUGUGACUCCAGGAAGUGUGAAAAGUGCCAGAAGAAGAUCAAGAGCUUUCAAGGCUUAACGGGCAAACACUGUGUGUGGUGUCACACCAUGCGUCAUGAUGAGUGUGCAGACCAGGAGCCAACACAGUGUACCUGUGGACCCCUCAGAGACCACAUCCUGCCUCCCUGGGCCAUAUAUCCUGUUAUAAAGGAGAGACCGAACGGCUGCUCCGGCUCAACGGAUGACAGCGAGCUCUACACGACUCCUGAUGGACAAGUGCUUCAGAUCAGCCCCGUGCCAAACACCCAUCCUCUGCUAGUGUUCGUCAACCCUAAGAGUGGCGGCAAACAGGGAGAGAGAGUCCUGCAUAAAUUCCAGUAUUUACUGAAUCCACGGCAGGUAAACAACCUUUCGAAUGGCGGACCUGGACCAGGACUGAGCUUCUUCAGACAUCUGCAGGAUUACAGGAUCUUGGUGUGCGGAGGAGACGGCACCGUUGGCUGGAUUCUAGACGCCAUAGACAAAGCCGAUCCGUUGGUGCGGCCACCUGUCGCCGUGCUUCCUCUGGGCACAGGAAAUGACCUCGCACGAUGUCUGCGAUGGGGAGGAGGAUACGACGGCGAGGAUCUGAGUCGUAUUCUUAAAGACAUCGAGGGGAGCUCGGAGGUUCUGAUGGACCGCUGGAGUGUGCAGGUCAUCCCAGAUGAGAACCAGGAGAAGGGCGACCCGGUGCCCUACGAAAUCAUCAACAACUACUUCUCUAUUGGCGUUGACGCCUCCAUCGCCCACCGCUUCCACACCAUGAGGGAGAAACAUCCCCAGAAAUUUAACAGCAGGAUGAAGAACAAGCUGUGGUAUUUUGAAUUUGCCACUUCAGAAACCAUCUCUGCUUCCUGCAAGAAACUGAACGAAAGUCUAACAAUCGAGUGCUGCGGUACUCCGCUGGAUCUCAGUGGCCUCUCUCUAGAAGGCGUUGCUGUCCUAAACAUUCCCAGCAUGCACGGCGGCUCCAACCUGUGGGGUGAAACCAAAAAAGGGGACACCAAGGGACUGACGAGUCAGGAGGAGCCCGAGGUGAUCGUCGACCCAGAAAUCCUGAAAGUGACCUCCCAAGAUCUCAGUGACCGUCGACUGGAGGUGGUCGGCCUUGAAGGAGCCAUGGAGAUGGGACAGAUAUACACGGGUCUUAAGAGCGCCGUGAGGCUCGCCAAAACAUCCCAGAUCACCAUCAGGGUGAAGAAAGCCUUACCGAUGCAGAUAGACGGAGAGCCGUGGAUGCAGCCUCCCUGCACGAUCCACAUCACUCACAAGAACCAGGCCCGGAUGUUGAUGGCUCCUCAAGCAAAGUCAUCCGGCUUCUUCACCUACAAAUGAAACUGCUCAGAGCAGCGACGUGCUCUCGUUUACUGUAAAUAGAAGACUGGGACUUUUUUAAAGAUAUAAAAUCAGUCUGAAUGUGCACGUUGUAGAAUAAUAAAGUUACGAUAAGUGCAUCUGUGUAACACAUAACCCAGAGGUCAGGGGUCAGGGAUCAGGGGUCAGGGCUCAGAGCUCAGCAACCUUUACUAACUAAAGAGCCAAUUUAGGCAAAAAUAAAAAUAAAAAUCUGUCUGGAGCCGCAAAACGUGAUCAUUGUGAUGAAGGUAACACAGUUUAUAGUCUAAGUAUAUAGUAUAUAAG